AUGAAGAGCCUUCUCUUAAUUGUAGCGCUCAUCAUUGGCACCUGUACUACCAUAUUCGCAAAGUCGGUGACCGGUAACCGCGUUCUUGUUCUCUUGGACGACCUUGCUGAAAAGGACCAAUACUCGCGAUUCUGGCAAUCGCUUCAAGAUCGUGAAUUCGAGCUUUCUUUUGUCACUCAAACUGAUGACCGACCGACUAUUCUUCAACGCUUUGGCGAAUAUCAAUUUGAUCAUGUUAUCCACUUUGCAUCCAAGUCAAAAGAUAUUGGCAAGCAUGCAAGCAUUGGAAAUGUACAACUCGUCAAGUUUGUGAACGAGGGCGGCAACUUGUUGGUAGCGACAUCCACCGAACCAUCCUCAGCUGUGCGCGAUUUGGCAGCCGAAUUCGACAUUGAAUUAGGCGAUGAUGAGAUUGAUAUGCAACAAAUCGAUGACGUCUCUUCCCGUGUCAUUGGCGACGAUAUCGAUGUGCCCGUAUUGUUCACUGGUGUCGAUCUUUCUUUGGGUCAAUCGCCCAUGUUGAAUCGCAUUUUGAGUACAGCCAAGGCCGAUCUUGCUGCUGCUAUGCAAGGAAGAAAUUCAGCACGAGCUACAUUUGUUGGAUCGCGUGACAUGUUCUCGGAUAGCUACUUCGAAAAGAAGGUGGAGCAAACUCGUCCUAAUGGCACCGCCAAGAGAAUGAUCACCAGUGGCAAUGCAGCAUUUGUCAAUGAAUUGACCAAGUGGACUUUCCAAGAAAAGAAUGUGCUCAAGGUCGUGAGUCACCAUCAUCACAAGGCAAAUGAGACUGGUCAGCCCGACGCUUAUCGUGUUAUGGAUGAAAUGGUGUAUACAAUUGAAAUUGCUGAGUAUGCCAAUGACAAAUGGGUACCCUACAAAGCCAAGGAUAUCCAAUUGGAGAUCAUCAUGCUUGAUCCCUACAUUCGUACCACUUUGAAGCAAUCCCGCGUCGCUCCUGAACAUCACUAUGGUCGCUUCACUGCUCACGUGCGUCUUCCCGAUGUGUAUGGUGUUUUUACUUUCAAGGUCAACUACAAGCGUCCUGGAUUGACUUAUCUUUUGGCCGAAGAUGUGGUAGCAAUCAAGCCUUUCCGACACAAUGAGUAUCCUCGUUUCCUUUCUGCUGCCUAUCCUUAUUACGCAUCUGUUGGAAGCAUGAUUGUUGGAUUCCUUGUCUUCAGCGCAGUCUGGUUAUCUACCUGGGGUGGCAAGGAUCUCAAACAAAAGCAAAAGGCACAAUAA